AUGUUCGUGUCCGACUGCCGCCGGGAGUUCUACGAUGUAAUCGUCACCCAGCGUGUUCUUCUUCUUGUUGCUUCAGAUGUUGAUGCAUUAUGUGCUUGUAAAAUACUCCAAGCUUUGUUUCAGUGUGACCAUGUGCAAUACACACUCGUGCCAGUGGCUGGGUGGCAAGAGCUUGAAACUGCCUUUCUGGAGCAUAAAGAUCAGUUCAAAUACUUUGUUCUUAUUAAUUGUGGUGCCAAUGUAGACCUCCUGGAAAUCUUGCAGCCUGAAGAAGACACUUAUUUUUUUGUAUGUGACAGUCACAGACCCAUCAAUGUAGUGAAUGUUUACAAUGACACACAGAUUAAGCUGUUGGUCAAGCAAGAGGAUGAUCUCGAUGUUCCUGCUUACGAUGACAUCUUCAGAGAUGAGGAGGAGGAGGAGGAGGAGGAAGAGGACUCAGAGAAUGAAAGUGGUGGCUCAGAGCCCCUGGAGAAGCGCAGACGAUUUGAGGAGGAGGUGAUAGAGAGGACAAUGAAAAGGAGACAAAGGAGAGAAUGGGAAGCACGCAGACGAGAAAUUCUUUUUGAUUAUGAGCAAUAUGAAUACCAUGGAACCUCAUCUGCAAUGGUGAUGUUUGAUCUGGCAUGGAUCAUGUCUAAGGAUUUGAAUGACAUGUUGUGGUGGGCUAUUGUUGGCCUAACAGAUCAGUGGGUCCAAGAUAAAAUCACUCAGAUGAAGUACGUGACUGACAUCGGGGUCCUGCAGCGCCACGUGUCGCGCCACAACCACCGCAACGAGGACGAGGAGAAUUCCCUGUCCAUUGACUGCAUGAGAAUUGCAUUUGAGUAUGACCUGCGCCUGGCACUGUACCAGCACUGGUCUCUCUAUGAAAGUCUCUGCAACACCUGCUACACCUCUGCCAGCCUCAAGCUUUGGUCUGUGCAAGGGCAGAAGAGGCUCCAGGAGUUUUUGGCUGACAUGGGUUUGCCCUUGAAACAAGUGAAACAGAAGUUUAAUUCCAUGGACAUGUCUUUGAAAGAAAAUCUUCGGGAGAUGAUUGAAGAAUCUGCAAACAAAUUUGGAAUGAAAGAUUUGCGAGUUCAGACUUUCAGCAUUCACUUUGGCUUUAAGAACAAGUUCUCAGCAAGUGACAUAGUUUAUGCAACAACUUCUCUCAUGGAGAACAUAGAGAAAGAGGGGCCUGAAACAACUAAUUUCAUUAAGGCUUUGGACAGUCUCUCCAGGGGUAACCUGGACAAGCUGCACCAAGGACUGGACCUGGCCAAAAAGCAGCUACGUGCCAUUCAGCAGACAGUGGCCAGCUGUAUUUGCACCAACCUUGUCAUUUCCCAGGGGCCAUUUCUUUAUUGCUCCCUCAUGGAGGGCACACCAGAUGUGAAACUGUUUUCCAAACCAGUGUCUCUAUGUCUGCUUAGUAAAUACUUACUGAAAUCCUUCGUUUGCUCUACAAAAAACAAGCGCUGCAAGCUGCUGCCCCUGGUCAUGGCUGCACCCAUGGAUGUGGAACAGGGAACUGUGAUCAUGGUGGGGAUUCCUCCAGAGACAGAAAGCUCAGACAAAAAGAACUUUUUUGGAAGAGCCUUCGAGAAGGCUGCGGAGAGCACGAGCUCCCGGACGCUGCACAACCACUUCCAGAUGUCCAUAAUUGAAUUGAAAACAGAAGAUCGGAGCAAGUUUCUGGAUGCACUCAUUUCUCUCUUGUCUUAAAGUGGUGCCUUUUGGCUCCUUGUGCUGGAAGCUGAGGAUGAGACCCUCUGAA